AUGGUGCCGGCGCCCGGGGGAACCCUGCUCGCCGCCUUCCUCGCCGCAGCGCUGGCCGCCGCGGGCAGCUCAAGAGCUCGUGGGCAGCUGGUGACCGUGAGCCAGCCAGGAGUGUGUCGCUAUGGUUCUAGGCUGGAUUGCUGUUAUGGCUGGAAAAAGAACAACAAGGGCCAUUGUGAAGCUAUCUGUGGACAUGGCUGCAAGUAUGGCGAAUGCAUGGGACCAAACAAAUGCAAAUGUUUCCCUGGAUUUACAGGAAAAACCUGUAAUCAAGAUCUGAAUGAAUGUGGACUGAAACCACGUCCCUGUGAACACAGAUGCAUGAAUACACAUGGCAGCUACAAGUGCUAUUGUCUGAACGGGUACAUGCUCAUGCCAGAUGGCACAUGUGCAAGCUCUAGGACCUGUGCCAUUGCGAAUUGCCAGUAUGGUUGUGAGGAAGUCAAAGAGGAGGUACACUGUCUUUGUCCAUCAGCUGGCCUCCGUUUGGGACCAAGUGGGAGGACAUGCAUUGAUAUUGAUGAAUGCUCCACUGGCAGAGCUGUCUGCUCUUUCAAUCGCAGAUGUGUCAACACAUUUGGAAGCUACUACUGCAAGUGCCAGCUUGGUUAUGAACUGAAAUACAUCAGUGGCCAUUAUGACUGUGUAGAUGUAAAUGAAUGUGUGACAACCACACACAGGUGUAACCUCCAUGCAGAGUGCCUCAACACAGAGGGAUCCUUCAAAUGCAAAUGUAAUCAGGGCUACCAAGGAAAUGGCUUUGAUUGUGCUGCUAUUCCUGAAAAAUCAGUGAAGGAAAUUCCAAGAAUCCCUGGAACAGCUAAGGACACAAUAAAGAAACUUCUUGCACAUAAAAACAGCGUGGCAAAGCAUAAAGCAAUCAAGAAUGUGAUCCCAGAAGCAGCCAUGACGCCAGCUUCUAAAACCCACUUGCCGUCACUGCACUAUGAAGGCGGUUUUGAUCUUGGUGGGAGUUACAUUGGGGGAGAAAAAAGAACUGAAGUCACCAUAGAAGAGGAAGUCGAUGAGACUGAUGAGGAGGAGAAGGAAGAUUAUGAGAAUCAGAUUGACCAUGAGCAAAGCCUUAGAGGAGAUGUCUUCUUUCCCCAGGGUAAAGAAGCAGCUGCCUUUGGCCCUCUCCUGGCACAAAGAAAAGUUGCGAUGAAAAGACAAGAGCAUGAAGUUGACUGCAGUUUCAGUCGAGGAGUCUGCGACUGGAAACAAGAUACUAAUGAUGACUUUGACUGGAAUCCUGCUGAUCGAGACAGAGGUGAUGGAUACUACAUGGCUGUUCCAGCCUUUGUGGGUCACAAGAAGGAUAUGGGCCGCUUAAAACUUCUCCUGACUGACCUCAAACCAACGAGCACCUACUGCUUGAUUUUCAGUUAUCGGCUCGCUGGCGAAAGAGUGGGAAAACUUCGAGUGUUCAUGGCCAACCAAAGAACUGCUCCUGUCUGGGAGCAGGACAAGGGAAAAGAUGAAAGGUGGCGAACUGGAAAAGUGGAAAUAUGGCAGGGUACUGAAACAACUAACAGUAUCACCUUUGAAUCAGAACGUGGGAAGGGCAAAACUGGAGAAAUUGGAGUGGACAAUGUUCUAUUAGUUCCUGGUCUAUGCCCAGAAGACACCUGA